AUGAAUAAUUGGUUGACAACUACUCUUCAAACAGUUCGUGAAAAAUCGUUUGAUGUUUUCGACUUUGUACGAAAGGACCUAUCAGAUUUUACAACAACAGUUAAAAGUGAUACGGAAACUUAUUUAAAUAAAAUCAAACUUCAGCCAUCAAGUACUUCUAUUACAUCGCAAAGUAAAAAUGAACGUGGAACAACUAUGAUUCCAUCGGCACCAGUUGAUCGAUUUCAAAAUGAACGAAAUCGCAUAGAACAUGAUGAUGCGACUUACUUAACGGAUCCUACACCCAUUGAAUCUUAUAAAGCAUGGCGUGAAGCAAAUGACUUUAGCGCCGAUGAACGUAAAGGUCAAAUAGCACAAUUACUAAUUGAUAUUCCACAGAUUCGCUCAUUGUAUUCACGUUUUGUACCUGCAUGCACAACUCAUAAUGAUUUUUGGUCUCGAUAUUAUUAUCGUAUUAGUAAACUUGAUGAAGAAGAAACAAGACGAUUAAAUUUUUUAAAACGUGCACAGGAAACAUGCAAUGAACACAAUGAAAAUGAUUGGGAUGAACCUAAUGAUGAAUGGACCUCGGAAGCCUUGGCAAUAGAAGCAGAAACAAGAGACGAAGAACUGAACGAAAUACAUCUUUCUACAUCCAUAAUUAAUACAAUUGAAUUGCAUAUAAGAGAAGAAAAUAUUCCAUGUGAAACUAAAUUGUUGCCAGAAACAAUAACAUCGAAAAACUCCGAUCAUGAAAUUGAUGAUGAAUGGGAGACAUGGUCUUAA